CUUGCAGACUACUUAACCAUUGCGUGUCCUCUGUCAACGAAAAUAAAACACGCACCCAAGGAGAGAGAUACUUCUUCGCUACUUCAUUCCGCAUCCUGCUCGUGAGUCUGCUGCAGUGCGAUGCAAUCCUACCCUCGACCUGCAUCCAAACUGACAACGCAUUCCUGCACACAGCUGUCGUUUCCUCCCCGGCUUGACCCCCCCCCCAAGGUCCACCUUCUUCUCUCCCCCACCUCCCUCUCGUUACUCUCAUGAGCCCACCUUUCCUCCCCGGUGAUCGAUAAACAUGUCCUUCCUCGAUACCACAAAAGACCUGUCGGCUCUGUUUUCUCGUCAGGUGAAAGCCACCCCGCACACGGUAGCCCUCGAGGAUGAUAAGACCACAUUCACAUACGCCGAGCUCGAUCGCGAAGUCGACUGCCUCGCCCGUCGCCUGCGCACAUAUGGGGUCAGCCGAGACACAUUGGUGGGCGUGCUGUUGCCAAGAAGCGCCGACUAUGUGAUCGCCUGUCUGGCGGCCUUGCGGGCCGGGGGCGCCUUUCUCGUGCUGGAGCUGGCCUACCCUCCCGAAUUGCUGGCCGAUGUGAUCGAGGACGGCAAUCCGGCCGUCGUCAUCACCCACCGUGCCGAAGUCGGCAAGAUUAAGGCCAACGUCCCCUUAAUUGUGCUCGAUGAGCCAGCAGCCCAUGCCAAUGGACAUGCCGCCGAGCCGGCGCCCUUGCCAGCCGACGACGACUUGGACCGACUGGCAUUCGUCUCAUAUUCGUCCGGAACGACGGGCAAGCCCAAGGGGAUUGCCAAUCCCCACCGAGCUCCCGUUCUCUCGUAUGAUCUGCGAUUUGGAGUACAAGACCUGCACCCUGGCGACCGCGUGGCCUGCAACGUCUUCUUCAUCUGGGAAAUUCUGCGUCCGCUGUUGCGGGGAGCCACCGUGGUGACAGUGCCGGACGAUGUGAGCUAUGACCCGGCGGCCCUGGUCGAUCUACUGGCAGCGAGAACGGUGACCGAAACUCUGAUGACGCCCACGUUGCUGGCCACCGUGCUGCAGCGUCAUCCCCACAUUAAUGAACGUCUGCCCGAGCUCCGCACCCUCUGGUUGAAUGGUGAAGUGGUCACGACGGACCUGGCCCGCCGGGCGAUCAAAGCCCUCCCCAAGACCCGCCUCCUCAACUGCUACAGUGCAUGCGAAACGCACGAGAUUGCCUGUGGCGAUAUUCGCGAGAUGAUCGAUGAUGAAGCGACCUACUGCCCGGUGGGUCCGCCCUUGGAUCCGAAGCAGAUCUUCAUCCUGGACGAGAGUGGCCAGCAGGUCGAGGCGGGAGUGAGUGGAGAGCUUUUUGUGGGCGGCCCCCUCCUCGCCCGUGGGUACCUCAACCUGCCCGAGACAACGGCCAAAGCUUUCAUCUCGAAUCCCGGUGAUACACAGCCUGGGUCGCGUCGCUAUCGGACUGGUGAUCUGGCACGUCUGCUGCCGUCUGGGUUGCUGGAGAUUACCGGUCGCGUGGGUUCGAUGAUUAAACUGCGAGGGUACUCCGUCGUUCCCGCCAAGGUGGAAAGCGAGAUUGUCAAGAACCUCGCGGUCAGCCACUGUGCGGUGGUCGCACAUGGUGACGGUCUCGAGCGACAGCUGGUCGCGUACAUCGUGCCCGACGAGAAUCCCGCCGGUCGCCCCACGGUCGAGGUCAACGAAGCAGGGUAUAGUCCCGCCGCCCGCCGCCUCCUCGCCCAGUCCCUGGCGCACUACAUGAUUCCUGCACUGUGGGUGGUGCUGCCGGAACUACCUACUCAUAAUGUGACUGGCAAGGUCGACCUCAAACGUCUGCCUCCCCCAAAGACUGACGCCCACAUCAGCGGUAAUGGCAAGGCGGCCGACCAAGAUCCGAUUACUCUGGAACAGGUAGCGUCCUGCUGGGCUGCAGCUCUAAAGACACCCAAGGCCCUGCUCAAGCCGACGGAUGACUUCUUCGAUCUGGGCGGGCACUCCUUGUCGCUCGCCGAUCUAUCCUCGCGCUUGUCUCGACACUUUGGCUUUCGUGUCCCGAUCGCUCGUCUGGCCGAGACCACAACCCUGACCGGUCAUCUGGAGACCGUUCGGGCCAUUCGGGAUGGACACACGGCUGCGGUGCAAGCUGACCUCCCAGCUGUCCUACGUGCAGACGCUACGCUCGACGAUGAGAUUAAACCUUCCAGCCCUGCCACAGUUUGCUCCAUCGACAAAGCCGACACCGUGCUUUUGACAGGUGUGACAGGCUUCUUGGGCGCUUUCCUGCUCCAUGACCUGCUUGAAAACACCUCCGCCCAUAUUAUUUGCUUGGUGCGGUUCAACGAGCCGGCGAACGAUGAUCAGCCGGGUGGUGUGGCUCGUAUCCGCCGCAAUCUUCUCGAUCUCGGCUUGUGGCGGGAUUCCGUCAUGGAGCGUGUCGAGAUCCUGCCUGGAAACCUCUCGCGCACACGGUUCGGUCUCUCGGCCAAGGCAUUCGACGAGCUGGCAGCCCGGGUCCAGGUCAUUGUGCACGCUGCGGCUACGGUCAACCUGGUGUAUCCUUAUGCCGCCUUGCGCGGACCCAAUGUCGGAGGAACGAGAGAAAUUCUUCGCCUGGCCAGCAAGAGUGGCGCCACGGUGCAAUAUGUGUCCACCAACGGGGUGUUGCCCGCCUCGGGCGAGAAAGGCUGGCCGGAGAAUACGCUGUUGGAUGUGGAGGAUGUGCCGGAGAAGCUCCUCGACGGAUACGGACAGACCAAGUGGGUCGCCGAGCAGCUCGUUCUGGAGGCCGGACGGCGGGGUUUGCCGGUAAAGAUCCACCGUGCCGGCACCAUCAGUGGACACAGCACUACUGGUGCUGCCAAUGCCUGGGAUCUUCUCUCUGCCUUGAUCGUGGAGUCGAUCAAGCUGGGCUACGCCCCUGAUGUUGAGGGUUGGCGUGCGGAGAUGACUCCGGUGGACUUCGUCAGCAAGGCCAUCAUCCACCUUGCCACGCAGACCCAUGCUGAGCAGACUAUCUUCCACCUCGGUGACCCCAAGCCCGUCGACACGCGGGAUGUGUUUGCUGCUCUGAAUGAGCUGGGCUACCCCACCAAGCCUUUGGGUUGGGAUGAGUGGGUGGCCUUGUGGAACGAGACACGCAGUAAUGUCAAGGGUGGUGACGGUGGGUUCACUGUGGAUAUCCUUCGCAGUGGCAUGCCUACCGUGGAGUUCCUGCGGGAUAUCGUCGUGCUAGACAAUGCUGCCACCCGGCCCUUCCGCACAUGUGUGGAACGUCCCAAGGUGGAUAAGGCGUUGCUUGAGACCUAUACGCGUCACUGGUUUGCCCGAGGAUGGCUGUCGAAGCCCCCGGUGCGCCAGCAGGCAUUGAACGGAGCGGCCAAGUUGGCUCGAGGUCCCUUGAGCGGUCGGGUUGCCGUGGUCACCGGAGCGUCUUCGGGCAUUGGCGCGGCAGUCGCGACUGCUCUCGCACGGGAUGGCUGUCACGUUGCUCUUGCCGCUCGUCGCGUCGAGGCUCUUGAGUCGCUCAAGAAGCAGCUUGCAUCCUACGGCGGCAAGAUCAUUGCCAGGAAAACGGACGUCACCAACAAGGCCCAGGUGGACGCUCUCUUCCACGAUGCCAACCAGGAACUCGGUCCUGUUGACAUCCUCGUCUCGUGCGCAGGAGUCAUGUACUUCACUAUGAUGGCCAACGUGCAGACGGAUGAAUGGGAGCGGACCGUGGAUGUGAACUGCAAGGGUCUGCUGCACUGCCUAUCGGCUACUGUGCCGGGCAUGCUGUCGCGGGGAGCCGGGCACAUUGUGGCUAUAUCUUCCGACGCCGGACGCAAAGUGUUCCCGGGGCUGGGUGUGUACUCGGCCAGUAAGUUCUUCGUCGAGGCUACGCUGCAGUCCUUGCGUCUGGAGACGGCCGGCACCGGGUUGCGGGUGACGAGCGUGCAGCCCGGCAACGUUGCUACCGAUCUGCUGGGGAUGUCUACGGAUGCGGAGGCCAUCAAGAAGUACGGCGAGCCGUCGGGGGCCGAAAUUCUGGCUCCGGAGGACAUUGCCAACUCGAUCGUGUACGCGCUGCGUCAACCAGCGCAUGUUUCUGUCAAUGAGGUUUUGAUCGAGCCCCGGGAUGAGCCGAUCUAAUAGACAUGUUAUAGACUAGAUAGACUUUCAGCUAGAUACGGUCGGUGCCGAUAUGAACCAUUUUCACGC